AUGACUAACAGCGACGGAUUGAAAGACUGGGACUCCCCAUACUCUUUCUUCAACCCCGAAUACCAUAUCAAAAAUAAAGAUGGCUCUGUUCGGGUAAUAGACGGAGGGCUGGGAAGGUUUCUCGGAGUUUGGAAUGCAUCCGUGAAUGUCAUAUACUCGUAUGUGGCUGUGGAUAUAUUUGCAGCUACGGCAGCCGAGAGUAAAUCUCUUGCUGACUCGGAGUGCAUGAAGAUGGCGGCCAGAAAGAUAACACUCCGAAUCGUCAUUUUAUACGUACUGGCGAUGCUAACGUGUUCUUUCCUCGUCCCAUACGAUCACCCUUUCCUCAAUGGAGAAGCGGUAUCACUGGCCACAGAGUCGCCGUUUGUGAUUGCAGUUGUUGAAGCAGGCCUUCCGGCAGCAGGAGAGUUUUUCAACGGAAUGUACCUGUUUUCCUCGUUCACCUGUGCCGUAAACUCUGUGUAUGUUGCGUCACGGGUAAUGCACACAUUGGCUCUCAGAGACCAAACAGGACCCGAGUUUAUAACCAAGCGGCUGCAGCAAUGUCAUGCUGGAGUACCAACGAGAGCUGUGCUGGCGACCGUGGCCAUAUUGGCUUUGGGAUAUCUGGGACCCGGAAAAGGUCCAGGCGAUCGGCUGCGUGAGCUUUCGUCCAACUGCACAGUAUCGUUCCUAAUUGUUUACGGGAUCAUAUGUGCGACAUAUUUGCGCUUUUACCAAACUCUUCAGGAGGCCAAUUCACUCGGCAACACUGCCGAGUCGCAAAACGGCGUGUACGAUCGGCAGAAUCCACGAUACCCAUAUAAAUCGCACGGGCAGUGGCUGAAGGCCUGCUAUGGGAUGGUGUCGUGUUUUAUAUUACUCGUCUUCAACGGGAUACCCGCAUUUCUCAGCGAUCCGUUUGAUACCCGGGCUUUUGUUGUUUCAUAUAUCAGCGGGUUCUGUGUCAAACAAUAG